CGAGACCAUAUCAUAUCGAUCAUAUCAGCUUCAACAACUACAAGCUACAAGCUGCUGGUACAGUAGCACCCAGAGAUAGAUCAGUCUCAUAGAUCUACCAAUACAACACAUCGCAUCGACCAUGGGCGACGUCGCUGCACCCUCGAGACCUGGAAGGAACAGAAGCGGAUCCAUCGGUGCUUGGUACUCGGGAAGCUACGGAAACAUCACCCGUACGACCCGACUUCGAGCCACCCCGUUCACUCCCGGUGGACUUCGUCAGAACCUUCAUAACGAUGUGACCAUCCCGCUCGACGUCAGUCAGGGUAACGCCGGAUUGGGAGGGUACGGUCGGACCACCGGCAACGACGCCGAGGGGGCGAAUAAUGCGACGGUAGGGAACGGAACCACUGCGGGCGCGCUCGAGGCGAACAGUAAAGCGCUCAAGGGGAAAGGGGGGAAGAAGGGGGAGACGCUUUUCGGACCCGAUCUGGGGUUGGAUGAGAACGAAUCUGAAGGCUGGAUCAGGGGACAAGAUCAGAAGGAGAGGGUGCCGCUGAGCGUCGUCAAGGAUUGGGUCGAGAAUGCCAAGAAGGAAGAGCAAGGAGUACAUCAGACGACCACAUUGCAAGCUCUCGUCAACCUGAAAAGACCCACGUUGACCCUCGUUCCCGUCCCCCAAGACGAGAUCGUUCCGGCCGAGACCAACUCGGACCCGACGUCUUACGACCCCGCGGCCUCUCGCGCCAGUAUCGAGCGGGCGGGAGCCAUUCGACACGUCCUGCGAUUCGCCUAUGAUUCGUCGGCGCCUCGAGUCCAGAUCAGCGUGUCGAUCCAUCCUCGGUUCAUGAAUCAUGGCAACUCGAGGGUCAUCUUUACCUGCGUCCGCGAGGGUGGAUUCGGCAAGGUCUGGGAGUUGCCUCACGAGAACGCGCUCGAUAUCGGUCAGGCCAUGGAAGACGAAAAGCGGGCGGAAGAGGAACUCUUGAGCGCUUCCAAGAAGCUCGAUGGGGACGGUUCUGAAGGGUCAGACGCGGAGGACGAUAUCAAGAAGCCCGCUCAGAUUCGACGUGAUACGGUCCAGCCGAACGCUCCGGAUGUCAGCCAGAUGUCGGCCCAGGCCAUGGUCGAGAACCAGCCUCGCUCUCGUUCGCUGUUUGAUCGACUCAGGCGCAACAGGCGAGCUGGCGAUAUCGAGCAAGGUAUCAUUGCCGAUAUCCGUCGUCAACAAGGAGGAACUGGCGAUAUUGUCGAGAUGGGACCUUUGGGUGCAAACGCUUCGGCUCAGAAUGGAGAUGCUACCGGGGGAGACAACGCCUUCAAGGACGAGGAAGGUCUUCGGGUCAUCAUCCGCCUAGACGCCCUCAAGGAGGACGACUCGCCCAUGGGCGUGACCAAUGCGCAGGCUACGCACGUCUUGCUGGCAGGAACUGUCGUAGGGGGAGCCGCGACUGCGAGCAGGCCCGCUGUGGACACGAACGGUGGACUCGCCGAAGUCCCGGAAGAAGGGCCCGAGGCGACCGAGGAGGGCGAUCAAGCGGCGACGAACGCGAUGAAGAGGAUCUGGUUUAUCAAGGUCGUCCGCCGGGAAGCUAUCAUCGGUCAUCACGCCUUUUUGCUCAAGGAGAUCUACGGUCUGGCUUCGUCCUCGCACAAUGAUGCUCCCGUCUCCACAGGAGCGGGUGUCGGCGACAAUAACCCUGCUGGCGAAGACCCUAUGGCAUCGACUCCCAACGAGUGCAUCGUCUGCUUGACCAACCCGCGAGAUGUCGUCCUGUUGCCUUGCCGACACUUGGUCGUCUGUCGGGAGUGUGCUGUGGGGAUGAUCGAGUUUGGGGCCGGCGGUAAAGUCGCUCGAAGGGAAGAAGCGAACGAGACGACGGGAGCUACAGAAGGUGGUGACAACGGCGGCGCAGAAGCUGGACCUAGCGGCGCGGUAGCUACUGGAACUACGGCGGCUGCCGCUCCUAAUACCACUACUGGAGGGCGCGAGAGGCGCAAGAAGAAGGGUAAAGGGUGGUUCUGCCCGGUCUGUCGACAACCGUACACCUCGUUGCUCCGCCUGGCCUUACCGGCGAACGAGAUGACCUCUGUCGAGAUCGACGCCGUCACUUCAGCCGCUCUCUCGCGUCAACCGUCCAUCGGUGCCGCUUCAGUCAGGUCCAUGCGACACUCGUUGCACCGAUCGUCGAGUCGUGCGACUCUGCCUGAACGAGGGGAGCGUAUGCUGGAAGACAUCGCUCGGGACAAUGACUAUGGAGAAGCCGAAGAUGAUGUAGAUGACGAUCAUCACGAGCGCCGGAUCGAGGGCGAUCGCAAGGAAGGCCAUCUGGAUGCCGGCGUCCCCCCGCAAUUCGUCCUUGGGGAAGAGCUCGACAUCACGACUCCACCUUCCGGAAUCGGUGCUGGGCAAUCACGCGAACGACCAGUCUCGCCUCCUACCGUGCAGCUGGCUCGUGCUUCUCUCGAAGGAAGACGAAGCCUAGAAGGUCGCGGCUGGAAGGAGGCGGUCUGAGAGCCUCUGACGGCUUGAACGGUUGUGUUUCAUUUGUCUCUCAUUUCCCCCUGAUCUUUGGUUCUGAACCAGGUGUAACGCUGUACGUGUUGACAAAGAGAGGUUUUCUAGCGGUUUCAGUCUGUAAUUCGGGUCGGUUCCUUUUUUGUAUGCUCUUCUGACUCGUCGUGCUUGCAAGCUAUUAUAUUACCAUCGCGAGAAGUGCUAGACGAUUCAGCUCAUCCCCACCGGCCAAAUC